ACCCGGGAGAGCAGGCUGCCACAGAGGCAUUGCAGACAGUGCGUUUGGGAGGUGUAGUGGAAGAAAAGCAAGAGAAACGGAGUAAAUGAGAGCACUUUUGUCCAGAUUGUUGAAGGACUUAUCAACUUAAUAUCCCGCCGAAACAGCUCACUAGAAUGAGACGGACACAUUGUUGAAUUCCUGUCCAGAUAACCACAAGCCUUGUGCUCUGGGCUGAUUAAAGACAACUUGGGAAAAGAAGUGACUCUCCCUGUGGAAAUCCUGGAUCCUUUACCCUGUCCACCAACAUGACCAAUGUGGUGAUCGUCAAGGAGGGAUGGCUGCAUAAAAGAGGAGAAUACAUCAAGACCUGGAGGCCAAGGUAUUUUCUUUUGAAGAGCGAUGGUACAUUCAUUGGCUACAAAGAGCGACCACAAGAUGUCGACCAGCUGGAAACCCCCUUAAAUAACUUCUCUGUAGCACAAUGCCAGCUGAUGAAGACGGAACGACCCAAGCCCAACACAUUUAUCAUCCGCUGCCUGCAGUGGACCACUGUCAUCGAGCGCACCUUCCACGUAGAAACCCCUGAGGAGAGGGAAGAGUGGACAAAAGCUAUUCAGGCAGUAGCAGAAGGCCUGCAGAAACAAGAGGAGGAGAUGAUGGACUCCUCUCCAGACCCAAUGGACAUGGAGGUCUACCUGACCAAACCCAGACACAAAGUGACUAUGCACGACUUUGAAUACCUCAAGCUCCUGGGAAAAGGCACUUUUGGAAAAGUUAUCCUGGUAAAGGAGAAGGCCACGGGACGCUACUAUGCCAUGAAGAUCCUAAAAAAGGAGGUGAUCGUAGCAAAAGAUGAAGUGGCGCACACACUCACAGAAAACAGAGUCCUCCAGAAUUCAAAGCACCCAUUCUUGACAGGGCUGAAAUACUCUUUCCAAACACACGACCGCCUUUGCUUUGUCAUGGAAUAUGCAAAUGGAGGCGAGCUUUUCUUCCACCUUUCAAGGGAUCAAGUAUUCUCAGAGGAGCGAGCUCGGUUCUACGGUGCAGAGAUUGUGUCGGCACUUGACUACCUGCAUGCCGAAAGAAACGUGGUCUACCGAGAUCUAAAGUUGGAAAAUUUGAUGCUGGAUAAAGAUGGACACAUCAAGAUAACAGAUUUUGGCCUAUGCAAGGAGGGGAUCAAAGAUGGCGCCACCAUGAAAACUUUCUGUGGAACACCAGAGUAUUUGGCACCUGAGGUACUGGAGGACAACGAUUAUGGCCGUGCUGUGGACUGGUGGGGUCUUGGCGUGGUGAUGUAUGAGAUGAUGUGCGGUAGGCUGCCGUUUUACAACCAGGACCACGAGAAGCUGUUUGAACUUAUCCUCAUGGAGGACAUCCGCUUUCCACGGACACUCGGUCUGGAGGCACGCUCUCUGCUCUCCGGACUCCUCAAAAAAGACCCCAUGCAGAGGUUAGGCGGCGGUCCUGAUGAUGCCAAGGAAAUUAUGCAACACAAGUUCUUUGCUGGGAUCGAAUGGCAGGACGUUUAUGAGAAAAAGUUGGUCCCGCCCUUCAAGCCCCAAGUUACCUCGGAGACAGACACUCGAUAUUUUGAUGAGGAGUUCACUGCACAGACCAUCACCAUUACGCCACCCGGACAAGACGACAGUAUGGAGUCUUUCGACAGCGAGCGGAGACCCCACUUCCCUCAGUUCUCCUACUCUGCCAGUGGAGUGGCCUGAACCACACUUCCGCAUUCCUCUGGUCCCUCCGUCAACUCCUUCGACCUAUGACCUCUUCCCCUUCCACUUGACUGCACCCUCUAUUAAGACUGGCUCGUCCUCCUAGCGUUCUCUGCGGAACAUCACCUCACCUCAUCACCCAGCCUGUGUUCUGCAGGAAGCAGGAAGGGCAAGGGUACACAAACAGAGCCGUUUUUUGUUUUGUUUUUUUCCUGUGCAAGCGUGCCCUUAACACUAGUCUUCAUCUUCCGAUUGUCAUGUUGUGUAGCGUGCACACACACACUCACACACACACACACACACACACACACACACACACACACACACACACACACACACACACGUUAACUUUGAUGCAAAAAUCGGGCCACUGCCAUGAGUUUCAAGAAGGGCUGUUAUUUCGUCUGUCCUAUUUGAACGGGAAUCAAUCAUUUCAAGUGGAAAUAAUAAAUAGUACCAUGGACUAUAAACAUACAAUAAUUCAGUGUGUGUGUGUGUGUGUGUGUGUGCGCGUGUGUGUUGCUUGUGUUCUCUUCAAAUCAAAACCAAACCUUUCAAGACAUUUACAGAGUCUCAAAAGUGAAUGUACCGUCUGAAAUAAAGUUAAUGUUUCCUACAUGUACACAACACCUCAGUGACUGUAAUGAAUCAGUUGUGCGAAAGGCAAAGAGGGUUUGAUUCUUGUUAAGGUAAACCUCAAGAGUGUUUGCACACAAAGAUGUUUCUAGUUCUCGUUGCCUUCCUUUUUUUUUCAGAAUGCUGCACAGCAAACACCUCUCGGGGUUACCCUUCCGAUCCGAAUCGGCCGGGCCCUGGCUGACCCCUCAGAACCUCUUCUCUCUUGUAGAUUUUCCUUCUAGUAAAAGUAUUGGGUGUUUCCCAUCCAGUGCUUCCUCUGCAGCCUCAGUGAGGUCACUUUAACAUGAUACGUUUCUGUAGUAACACAAAGUGGGCUUCAGGGGAAAACACCAAUUUGCGUCUUACAGGGGAUUUAUGUCCCUUUGCCAACUCCUUAUUUAUAUGAGACCAGCAUUUACCUAUUAUUAACAAGUUUUAAUGUGCCAAUGAAAUGCACCUUGCUGCCCCAAAAUGAUUGUAUUUGGACUUUGUAUUUGUGGUUGGUAAAGACUAAAUUACUGUGUGAUAUUCAAUUGUUGUGGAUGAAUUCAAACAUUUUUUAAAAACAAGGCUGGGGCUAAACCAGCACACUUUGAAGUGUGAUGAGGUUUCCAAUGUGAUUAAAAUGACAGAUAAUCAUUUUUUAAAAGUGCAUUAUGCCUUAUUGAAUGUAACGGUUUUUAUUCUAUGUUUUCACUUAAAAUGUUUUUGUUUUGUUUUAAUCUGAUUGUUGCUUAUUCCUAAUGCACAUCCUCUUUCCUGUCACCUUCUGAAAAAUAGGGAAAGUCAUUUUGUAUUUUUUAUUUGUAUUGCAACUUUUUUUGUACCAUCCCUACCAUAAGAUUCGCAAGACUGAGGACACCAGCUUUAGUAAACAAAUAAUAUAAACUUUGUACACUGUUUUUACUUGUUUCUUUCAAACUGAUUGAAUAAAAGGUCUUAACAAUG